AAAAGAUAUUGGAGUUGGAAUUUGGAUUAAUAAAAGCGGGCGUGGGCUCUCUCUCUCUAGGAGUAUCUAUCUUGGCUACAUGUACUCUCUCUCUCCUCCGCUCCUCCUCCGUACAUCACAUGGCUAAAGCCAAAGCCGCCCGCCGCACUCUCGACUCCUACUCCGUCAAGCAUAUCAACAAGACCAUCCGCCCCGGGGACUGCCUCUUGAUGCGGCCGUCGGAGUCAUCAAAGCCGUCGUACGUCGCGCGUCUGGAGAAAAUCGAGGCGGACAGCCGCGGCGCGAACGUGAGGAUCCACGUGAGGUGGUAUUACCGGCCGGAGGAAUCGAUCGGUGGCCGCCGCCAAUUCCACGGCUCGAAGGAGGUAUUUUUGUCCGAUCAUUUCGAUAUUCAGAGCGCUGAUACUAUUGAAGGCAAGUGUACUGUACACAGCUUCAAGAGCUAUACUAAGCUCGACGCCGUUGGGAACGAGGACUUCUUCUGUCGUUUCGAGUAUAAUUCGUCUACUGGUGCUUUCAAUCCAGACAGAGUUGCCGUGUACUGUAAAUGUGAGAUGCCUUAUAAUCCAGAUGACCUUAUGGUUCAGUGCGAAGGGUGCAGUGACUGGUUUCAUCCAACUUGUAUAGAUAUGACCGUGGAAGAAGCCAAAAGAAUUGAUCACUUCUACUGCCAUAACUGUUCCUCAGAAGAUCAGAAGAAAUUACAAGAAUCUCACGUUUCCACCAGAAGUGCUGACGUGAAGGUGGAUACAAAACGCCGUCGGAGGUGAUACAUCUAGUACAGUGGAAGGUUUCUGAUGCCAUAUCGAAGCAAGCACACUGUAGUGAGGUAGAAGUUGAAAAUUGUAAUCUGAUGCAAGAAGGGAGUUAUGUGGGAAACCUGUCGUGUCUAUAUUUAGUUCAAAAGACAGUUAACCUCGUUUCCUCCAGAGGUUGAGGAUCUGUUUGGUUGUCUGUAAUUUAUAUGAUGUAGAUUCUUGUUGCUCUCUCCCGGGGCUCCUGUUGCACAAUCUCACUGAUUCUCAACUUAGAUAAAAAUGUCACACGUGAAGAGCCCUGGGAUGUAUAUGCUUGGCGGUUUGUUUCUGUUUAUGGAAUUAGUUAUCGAUCCA